CAGGCGUUCUUCCUGCGCUCCAUACAUAAAUGAAUUAAGAUAUAAUGAGCUGUUGAUUCACUUCGUCUGCUAGAACGACUACUGCAGUUUUGGAUCAUGGCUCCGUGACAACAGAAGAACGGUAUCAACGAGAAAGCUUAAUUAAUUAUAACUUUGAAAGAAGUAGAGCCACAACUGAAAUGUACUUGUAUAAGAACACGUAGCGCGAAGAUAUGAAUUAUCUCUCGUAGAAGAUCCUUGCGUUUGUGUUUUGACAGAGCAGUGUUUGUUUACGUCGAGAGAAACGUGUAUGUAGCCAGCUGCAAAAAAUAAAAGCGGCACGUAGACUGAAAAGACUAAUAGCAUUAAAAUGAUUGGAGAAGACGUUCAUAACGCUGUACUUUCGAACCGUGAUAACGGUAGUGUUCCCAUUUGCUCUGACUCCAGACCUUCUGAAAUUAUUGCGAAAUUGCAAGAUGUUUAUGAAAAAAUCUUAGAAAGCGUUGACGAAGAUGCUGAAGUAGAUGCAUUGAAGUUGAAGGUCUCAACUCUUCAGUCCUGGGUUAAAGAUUUGACGGAACAGAAUAUGCUCCUUGUAGAGACCGCAGAACAACUAGAGAAAGAAGCAGCUGAACGGGUAUCCUUACUAGAAGAACGUAUACGACAGACAUCACAAGCGGCGUUGAAAUACAUGACUAAGUUGCAAGAUUAUGACAGCCAAGUUCAAGAUUUGGCUGGACAAAAGAUAAAUCUUGUGAGCAUGACUCUGUCCCAAGAACAGCUUCAGACACGUGUAAGCAAUCUCCAGAAUGACAUAAAAAAUCUUUUGGAACUAAUUCAGCGAGGUAAAGAGACGGGCUCUUGGGACUUGGAUAAUCUGUCUUUCAAGGAAGUGGUGUGGGAUGAUAAUUUUGUUGGUACAUUAUCAGUGGAGCAGCCUCAACAACAUAUCUCUGCAGAGCAAAAAAUAGGAAAUAAAGCAUCAGUGCCAGAUUAUGAGGAUAAAGUUGUGAUUCAAAAUUACCAAUCACAAAUUUCUCAAUGGAAAAGUAAGGCAUUAGAAGCAGAAACGAAGAUAAAAGAACUAGAAGAAAAUGUCAUCAAUAAAAAAAAUACUCUGAGUGAUUUGCAACAGCAAUUUGCAGAAAGUCAGACUUGCCUGGAUUCAACACUCAAGGAGAAUGAGAAAUUGUGUUCUCAGAUAAAGGAACAUAUGGAACAGAUGUCUUUAAAAGAUAAAGAAAUUGAAAAAAUCAAGAAAACCAUACUUGAUAUGGAAAGGUCUUCCAAGGAUGAAAGGGCAGCACUAACAGCCGAAGUAGCUGAAAAACAUGACGAAAUCAGAUCACUGACUGAAAAGAAUAAGCAGCUUGAAAAUCGAUGUCGAGAUGCAAAUAUGCAAACUCAGUUGAAAGAUGACAUUAUAAAACAGAUGAGGAAGGAUAUAAAACAGUUAAAAACGGAGACGGAAGGACAUUGCAUCUGCAAGAACCAGACGUCUCCGGAAAUGACGCUCCAGGUGACUGAUGGGAAGGACUCAGUGAAAACAACUGAAACUGUGGAUGCACGGAUUUUUGAUGAACAGACUCGGAUACACAUUACUCACAGUAUAAAAGAGAGUACACCGGAAACAAACACCGCCGAAGUUGACAGUUUGAAGAAAGAAUUAUCAGAUACAAAAGAAGAAUUAGAAUCAUUGAAACUAAAUCAAAAGUCAAAGGAUCAGAUGCUUGCAAAUCAAAUGGAAAUGCUCAAAGUGCAACAGGAUACACUGAAUAUGACUCAGGCUGAGUUAAAGGAAGCACAGGAGCGUAUCAAAGAACUUGAGAAUAUGAAGAAAUCAGCAGAAGAUUUGUCUAAAGAUAAAAGUGAAGAAGAGAAAGCACAAAAAGAAGCUCUUGCAAAAGCUGAGAAGAGGAAUGAAGAACAGCAAGUGACCAUCAAAAAUCUUCAGGAGGCCUUACUGUCUACAAAAAAUCAGCUGGAAGAGCUCCAAGGAAAAGGAACAGUGGAAAUUAAUAUGAAAAAUGACACAAUAAAAGCACUUCAUUUGGCACUGUCGGAAGCUGAAAACCAAUAUAUAGAUUGCUAUGGGGAGGUGGUGAUAAAAGCAAAUACAGUGAAGAAUCUGAAGGAAUCAAAUCUCAGCCUCCACUAUCAAAACGACAUACUACAACAGGAAUUGUGUCUUCUGGGAUUUUUUUUAUCUGAGUUCUUUAUUGAGCUCAGUAUGACAAAGGAGGAGUUCAAGCAGGAAAAUAAGAAACUAGAACAAACCAUAGAAAAACUAGAAAGAAAGGUCUCUGAAAUACAAAACUCGCUUGAUGAAACUGAAGAGAAAUACCAAAAGGUUGAAGAAAAUAACAGGAAGUUUCAGUAUGAAGUUAGUCUUAUGUCGCAACUGAAGGAAAUAUCAGACCAGAACAAUGUAGUAUUGGCAGCUGAGAUUAAGAAUUUAAAUGCACAGAUUAACAAACUUCAGAACCAAUUACAGAGAAAAGAUUCAGAGUAUUUUCAGAAAACUGCAGACCAGUUUUCUUCUUCAUUAAAAGGAGAAACUGAAGUACUGCAGGCAGAGGUUAGGAGACUGCAGCAUCAGUUGCAAAAGAAGACCUCGGAGGUAGGUUCUCUGCAACUAGCUCUAAACAAAGAGAAGAACAGUGUGCAGCACUCAAAGAAAGCAUAUGGAUUCGCAAAUGAAACUUUAAAAUGUUAUCUUGUGCAAACUGAAUCUCUGUAUAAAAUGAAAGACAUACUACAAGAAAAGAGUAAAAACCUAGUAAGCCAGAAUAAUAUUCUGCAAGAAGAAAUUAGUUCCCUGCAAAAAGAGCUGAAUGGGGCAAAUAUGUACUGCAAUGAGGUCUGCAGAGAGUUUUUGGCUACUGUUGAAUUUGUUCACCAGUGGAUGUUAAAGAGACAUACACUGCAAAGUAGGCUUACAGUAAAUCUGCAGCGAAAAUUAUAUGUAAUUAAAAAUCUCAAAAGGGAAAGGAAGUAA